AUGGUGCUACGAAUAACAAAACUCAUUGACGAUGCUGACUACGAUGCCGGCGAAACGUUUGGGAAUGUACCACGUCCACGGUCCGACUUUGGAAAUGAUUAUGUGUGCAAUGGACUCCGGGCUAGGUACGUUCCUCUAAGUCUUCUUACCAAUAUGACCAAGUUGCGAAAACAGGGUCAAACAACUUUUAAACCAUUUAUAUGUCUUCUCAAUCGUCUUCAUCAGAUUGAUGAACUAGAUAUAAAUGCAGCAUUAGCUCAGAAGCAGCGUACUGCUGUGCUUCAAUUCUGCUCAGCUAAACCUGAACGUCACUCUCCUGCACUUUGCUUGACAUCGGACCUUAUGUUUUUUUGA